CUGACCCGGAAGCGCUCGGGCCCGGUAGGGCCACUUCCUGCCGCGGCCCCGCCCCGCCCUGCUUCCGGCGCGGCCCCGCGGGCUCGGCAACCUCGGCGCAGUGAACGCGGGCGGCGAACCAGGGCCAGGGGGCGGUGGCGGCCACUGUCCGGCCGGGUUCCCGCUGCUCCCGGCCCCCGCUCUGGGCCUGCCGCCGGCGCUGCUAUGGGCAAGAAGCACAAGAAGCACAAGGCCGAGUGGCGCUCGUCCUACGAGGAUUAUGCCGACAAGCCCCUGGAGAAGCCCCUGAAGCUAGUCCUCAAAGUCGGAGGAAGUGAAGUGACUGAACUCUCAGGAUCCGGCCACGAUUCCAGUUACUAUGAUGACAGGUCAGACCAUGAGCGAGAGAGACACAAAGAAAAGAAAAAGAAGAAGAAGAAGAAAUCCGAGAAGGAGAAGCAUCUGGACGAUGAGGAAAGGAGGAAGCGAAAGGAAGAGAAGAAGCGGAAGCGAGAGAGGGAGCACUGUGACACGGAGGGAGAGGCUGACGACUUUGAUCCUGGGAAGAAGGUGGAGGUGGAGCCGCCCCCAGAUCGGCCAGUCCGAGCGUGCCGGACACAGCCAGCCGAAAAUGAGAGCACACCUAUUCAGCAACUCCUGGAACACUUCCUCCGCCAGCUCCAGAGGAAGGAUCCCCAUGGAUUUUUUGCUUUUCCUGUCACGGAUGCAAUUGGGACAAGGACCCUCUACCCAGUGCCCCCACAGCCAGGCUCCGAGGCAGAGGCCCAGGGUCCCUGA